AUGCUUGGCUUGACUUGGCUUGGCUUGGCCACACAACCAACACAUUGCUUUCUAGAACCAACACAUUGCUUUUCUCUCGCUCAUAAUCAGAACUCGGGCUGGAUUUGUGCGCACACACAACAGUCACUUCAGCCUACACGCAGCCAACGACAGUCUUCGAGUCUCAAUAACGCGGACACCACUUAUUUUUUGUAUUAUCGCUCGGCACCAAUUUUCCAUAAAAGUGUUGUCCACAUAUCGCGCGCAUGUAAAUUAACCACAUAUCACAUGUGUGCGACGACCAACCAACCACGUGUAUUUUUUGGCUGCGACGAGAAAUGGCAUUUAACGAGCAAGAAACCUGUUUUUACUGCGCAUAGUAUCCAUGUUCGCAAUGCUCGGCCCUAUUUCAAGCCUCAUGUAACUUUUAUUUUUGCUUCGCACACUAAAAACACGAUCCUUGCACUCGCACUUUUUCGACUGCCACUCGCAUCCUUUCUCUUUAUUUCUACUUACGAACUAGGGUAUAUCAAAAAGCCAUACACCAAGUCAGGCACCAGCCGCGUAGCGAUUCCAUUACAGCGCAAGCAUUCAGACAAGCUCGACAACAAGGCUAGUCCAAGCAUCUCGAUAAUUUCGGUUGAUUCCUCGAUUGACAACAUUCGCGGUCGAAUUUGCUCAGAAACCAACAGGUUGUUCUGUGUGGGUGCAAACGCAGCAUUUUCUUCUGGUUGAUUGUAAAAUCGCAUGCCACACCAAAAAAGAGAAAGAAAAAUUGAGAAGCAGCAGCGCCUUUUUCUUCCCCCGCUCUCAAACAAUUGGCGCCUGUGUCUAUUCUGAGCUCGCAUACAAAUAGCCAUCGAUUCACGCAUUAAUCUCGACUAAUUAUCGCAAAUCGUGCGCACACUAUAGUUGUAACGAGGACUUUGACAGUUCGGAUUUAGCAGACAGCACGGGGAGCUCCUCCAGUCAGCAAUACCAGCACCAGCACCAGCACCUGUCUGGUAGCAACAUCGGCUUUCCAACCGGAGAAUCGAUCAAAGGC